GUGAGAACAUUUUCUUGGUCAUAGCAGGACUGAGGAGGGUUGAACCAACACAGUGAGUGUGUGUGUCUGCAGCUGGAGCCAUGGCACUCAGGUGGAUCAUUGUGUUCUUUGGUCUGGGGCUGGCAGCAGCUGAGCUAACAGGUGAUACAGACACUGAUGUUGAUGAAGGACGUGACUGGGACAUCUUUGACAUCAAUGAAGCGGCCGGGCUGGAUCUGCUGGAGGGAGAUAUCCUACACGAUGAAGCAUUCAGCAGAAACACCAUCAUAGGAGACAAGUAUCGCUGGCCGACAACCAUUCCCUACUACCUAGAGGACAGUCUGGAAAUGAAUGCAAAGGGAGUGAUCCUGAAGGCAUUUGACCAGUACAGACUGAAGACCUGCCUUGACUUCACACCAUGGAAAGGAGAGAAGAACUACAUCUCUGUGUACAAAGGAAGAGGAUGUUUUUCCCGUGUAGGUAACCGGCAUGUGGGGAAGCAGCUGCUGUCCAUUGGUAAAAACUGUGAUCAUCUAGGAACUGUUGAGCAUGAGUUCCUGCAUGCUUUAGGCUUCUGGCAUGAGCAGUCCAGAGUUGACCGUGAUGAUUAUGUCACCAUCAUGUGGGAUCGCAUCGAACCUGAUAAAACUAGCAACUUCAAAAAACAUGAUGACUCGAGUGCUCUAGGUGUUCCCUAUGACUACGGCUCUGUAAUGCACUACAGCAAAACGUCCUUCAGCAUCGGUUCUGAGCCCACCAUCGUCACCAAGAUCCCCCACUUUAUGGAUGUGAUUGGUCAGAGGAUUGGGUUCAGUGCCAGUGACCUAACCAAACUCAACCUUCUCUACAACUGCACCAAGUCUUCUACCUUUGUGGAUAGCUGUAACUUUGAGCAGGAGAACAUUUGUGGGAUGAUUCAGGGUCCUGGUGGAAACAGAAAGUGGGAUCAGCGUAGUUCUGUGGGAGGAGGGCCUCACACUGACUUCUCCAACAUGGGACAAUGCAAAGGAAAAGGUUACUUCAUGCACUUCAGCACAGCUUCUGCUGAACCUGGUGACCGUGCAUUCCUGGAGAGUCGCUGGCUUUACCCCAAACCUGGAGCCCAGUGUCUGCAGUUCUUCCUCUAUAACACCGGGGCAGCUGACGAUGUUCUCAAUAUCUGGGUGCGAGAGUAUAACAAACACAGCCCUGGUGGUGUGUUGAAACUCAUCAAGAGUAUUUCAGGAGGUGUCAUGGACUGGAACUGGGAACUGCAUAACAUCAAUCUGGUCAGUGAGGCACAGAAGGUCCGUGUGGUGUUUGAAGGUGUGAGGGGAAAGAGUCCAUCAAAGGGAGGUUUCUCUCUCGAUGACAUUAACCUAUCAUCCACAAAGUGCCCACAACACAUCUGGCACAUCCGCAACAUUACCCGCCUGAUGGCCACCACACCACCAGGAAAUAAACUGUAUAGCCCUCGCUUUCUGUCACCAGCAGGUUACUCCUUCCAGGUAGGAGUAUACCUAAAUGGUAGAAGUGACCGUCCAGGGUACAUGGCCACUUACUUCCACCUGACCUCAGGCCCCAAUGACCACAAUCUCAAGUGGCCGUGUCCAUGGCAGCAGGCAACUAUGGCUCUGAUGGAUCAACAAUCUGACAUCAGACAGCAAAUGAACAUGCACCGAAUGGUCACCACUGACCCUGGCAAGAAGUCCUCUGACGGCACUCAGUACUACUGGGACAAUCCCAGGAAGGUGGGCUCUAAAGUGACUGCAUCUGAUGGUAGCUAUUACUAUCGAGGCCCAGGUACCGGAACAAGUGUCUUCAUCACCCAUAGUAGGCUGAAGAGCCGAAAGUUCAUCAAAGGAGAUGAUGCCUUCUUCCUCUUCAGUCUGGAAGAUAUAUCUCAUCUGCUGGUAUCUCAGCCUCUUCCCCGCUCUGUCGUCCACGCUGAUGCUGAUCUGAUGAAGGCCACUGAUGAAGGUGCUCCACAUGCUGCUAAUAAUCCCACCGUGGUCACAGCUGUGGUAGGUUCAGUGGCAGCAGCCAUGUUGGUGGUUUCUAUGCUGAUCGCCUGGAGGAUGAGGAGGAGACGGCAAGUGGAGAGUGAUGAGGAGCACCCAACCAAAGGGUUACCUUCUACUUCAACCACUCCAUGAUGAUGUCCUGAAUCAGUCAGUACUUAACAAAAGAGAAAGCACAUCAUUG